UAGAUGGAUUUGUUGAAGGCGCUAAUCCUUGUGUCCGAAAAGGCAGCCAAUAUAGCAAGGGUUUGUAGACAAGAUGAGCAUUUAUUCCAACUUCUUGUCCAAAAAAAGAAAAGUGAUGAAGCCAAUCCCAGAUUCGUGGAAGAUUUCAAAACGUUAGCAGACGUUCUUAUACAGGAAAUGGUUAGACACGAUAUUGGGAAACAGUUUGAAGAAUUGUCUUCCAGCAUAAAAGGAGAAGAAAACAACGUAUUUAAAAACAAGCUAGGAGAAAAAAUAUGCGUGCAAGUUAAACCUUCAGAAGCUGAAACUUCUAGUUUAUUAGAAACAGUAUUAAACGGGGACCAAUUAGCUGCAACUCGACUGGCAGCAGAAGUUCAUAGGAAUUUAGACAUUAGAAAUGUAAAAACUGACAUCCCUCAGAAUGAUUUUGAGGUGGAUAUUGAAGAGUUGGGUAUUUGGAUAGAUCCAAUAGAUUGUACUGGAGAGUAUGUCCACGGAUCUCCAGGAAAAACUAGGCACAAUAUUCACAUUAGUGGAGUAAAAUGUGUUACAGUUUUAAUAGGGGCAUUUAAUAAAAAAACUGGUGCAGCCAUCAUGGGUGUAAUUAAUCGACCAUUCCUUGAUAAAGAAGACUUUCAAUUUUCUCAGCAGUGCAUUUGGGGAGUAUCCCUACCAAACUUUAAGGAUCACAGUAGAAUAAAUGAACCUUCCAAGAAAAAUGUCAUUAGCAUUAGUUCCAGCGAAAGUGAAGGUAUUAAAGAAAAACUGAGAAAUUGCAAUUUUGACUUAAUCGAAGCAUCUGGAGCUGGUUAUAAAAUUUUAACUGUAAUUUUAGGUUUAGCAGACGCUUAUAUUCUAACCAAGGGUACUACUUUCAAAUGGGAUACUUGCUCUCCCCAUGCCAUUCUUAAAUCUUUAGGCGGAGACAUCCUGGAUUACAGAGAAGCCAUUACAUCAUCACACAUCAAAAGCAUAACCUAUUUCAAUGACGAAAGUAACUGUAAUUUAAACGGAAUAUUUGUGUACAGAGAUAAGCAUUUUUUUAAUGACAUUAUUGAUAUUUUAAAAUCAUGAGAAACGAU